AUGCUGACGGUGUUGAACCUGAUGGCGCUCUACGGCGCCUUCAUCACCACGGUCCGCAUGGCGCCCGUAGAGAUCGGUGACUACCUAGGCAACCUCCGCCAGCAGAUGUGCGGGGAGCGCUGGGCGCUGCGCCAACAGGGCAAGGAGCUGCGGGUGAAACUUGCGGCCGCGCGCCUCUACCACAGCCACCAUCUCCACCACCUCCACCACCACCGCACCCAGGCCCACCACGAUGUCGACGCCAAAACCGCUGAAGACAGGGUCUACCGCAGGAGAAGCCACCGCCGAUCCAGGCGCGCCAGCAGCAGCAUGGGAAGCGACGGCUCGACCUGGCGCGGCUGCGGCGCGUCGGACAACACCAACAGCACCGAAGCCGAGCUGCUCCGGCUCAGCAUGUCGGAGCACACGCUGGCGCUGCACCAGCAGGCGAUGCGGCACGGGGACGUGUGGACCGAGAAGGACCUCGCCGGGGCGGACGCGCGCGCCGCCGACAUGGAGGCGUACGGCGACACGGGGAGCUUCGCGAGCUGGACGGCCGCAUACCGCCGCGACUUUGGCCACAGGUUCCUGUGGUGGCGCACCAAAGACGACGUGCGCAAGGUGGCCGACAAGGUCUCGCGCCUGAUGAUGCAGCGCACCGAGCGUGAGGUGUCGCACGUCCGCAUCAUGGUCAAGGGGAUCGUGGAGCAGGGCUACUCGGUCGGCUUUGGCGGCGGCCAGCGGCAGGGGGGCCGAGGUGGACCGGAGAUCAGGGCCGAUGAGGCUCCCGUGCUCCAUCAUCCAACCGAUGAUGGUAUGCCGUCUGUGAGGAGCCACAACGGCGGCGGCAGCAGCUCCAGCAGCGACGGCGAAGAAACCCAGGAAACGUCGUCGACGACAAUGGCAGCGGUCAACGCAGGCUGCUCCGAAGUCCAGCGGGAGAGCAGCAUCGUGUCCGAGUGGAGGGACAGGAACUCUCAGGCGAGGCAGGCCACAGCCCCACGCUCCCCACCGAGAGUGGUCCAAAUAAGAAGCAGCCGGGAUGGGCGUCGGACCGAGUAUACGGUGAGGUCAAGAGGAGGUGGCGGGCCUGGCGGUGCGGUAAGGGUAAAGGAGGACGAGUAG